AUGGGUGCUUCACGCAGAAUUAAGACCAAGCGUCGCACAAGAGACUACGAUCAGGUCUGUGCCGACAUCGACAAGCCUCGUCACCUGCAGCUGUACAAGGAGUCCAAGGAUACUGAGGAUCUUCCUGGUUUGGGACGCCACUACUGUGUAGAGUGCGCAAAAUGGUUUGAGAGCGAUUACAACCUCAAUGCGCACACCAAGGGCAAGAACCACAAGCGACGAGUUCGCAUCUUGAAGGAAGAGCCUCACUCUCAGAAACUCGCGGAAGCUGUGAUCGGUCUGGGUGUCGAUAACUUCAACGUUCUCAAGCAAUCUGAAGACAAUGCCGACGCCAUGAAGGACUGA